AUGUCUUCAACUUUGAAUGCCUACAGUGUUCCCGCGAGUACGCAAAGCCUGCUCACACACGUCUUCUCUCAACCAGCAUUCAUGCCUAGCAUGCAGCCCUUCGAGAAACGCCCCCGGCUUUCCGAGCUGCGCACCCGAGUGGAGCUCGUGACCAUGAAGCUCGACUUCACCAUGGAGCCCCCCGCUAUCAGGGAGGCCAUAGGCCGCAGCAUCAACCGGUCCUGGGAGGCCUACACCGAAGGAUCCGUGGGCCCGAGCGACUUCAUACGCACCCCCUUGGGUGCGCCCUUCGAAAUCGCCUCGAUCAACGGCAAAGGCCGCGGCCUGAUUGCCAGUCGCAUCAUCAACGCCGGCGAAGUCAUCUUGGAAGACUCUCCCGUCCUCCUUCUCCCUUUCAAAGCUGCCAGCGAUCUAAUUUUCCUGCUCCUGCCCCGAAAGGCUCUGGAGGCCUUGCUACUGCUCCACAACGCGCACCCCAAUGAGGGGAAAUACACCGUCAUGAUGGAUAUCCCUGUUCAUCACCUUCUGGAUCAGCUCAGCGGCGUGCUGUCCACCAACGCCUUUGAAGGGGAUUGA